AUGCAACAACUGUUUGAGGCAUUGUUUCAGAGCAGCCCCAACUCCUCCAGGAAUCCCAGCCAUCAAAGCAGUCCAAAAUUUUACCAAUGUCUAGGAGAAAACCCAGAAAACCCGGGGGCAUAGAGUAGUCCUUGCCUUUCGUGCCACACACACGCACAGACAGAUGUGUGUUGGAUUCCGUAUUGAAACGUAUUCAUUGUUAAGCAAAUUCUAUAUUCGACAACAUCCAAAUUGAAAACAAAAAAGGAAAAUUCUCACAAAACGAUGAACAGAAGCAGCAUCAAGAAAUCCUCCCCCGACACGGAGACCGCCUCGGGCAGCUACCAGGGCGGUGUCCACCUGUCGUCGGGCCUGGGGUACUCCCACUCGGAGUUCUCAUUGGGUGCGCCGGGCGGCGGGCCGAUCAUCUCGCAGCAGCGGCUGCCCGGUCCGACGGACGACGGUGCCUCCGACGAGGAUCUGUCCGACGAGGUGGUGGUCUCGCACACGCCGCUCAGCGUCCUGGCGGAGCAGGCCAAGCAGGCCCGGCAGGUCUUGUGGUCGAAGCAGAGGCGUCUCUACGUGGACCUGGACAUGCGCGGCGGCAGCGUGGCCGCGAAUGUGGCGCUGCGCGGCGGAGAGGAGGAGGCCACGCGGAAUAGCGUCGAGCGGCUGAUGAGCCGCGUCGUUCGGCUGCAGAGGACGGCCUUCGCCUGUCCCCUGUCCGCCUGCCAGGUGGCCGUGAACGCCACCAAUUGCCUGGCCCACUGCCUGCAGCAGCAUCCGACGGUGGCCGUGCUGGAGAUGCGCCCCAACCUGACCGCCAGCCUGCCGCUGGGCCUGCCCCUGGUGCUGGGCUCCUGCGGCAGCCAGCGGUGCAUUGGCACGCUGAUCUUCGAGAGCGCCCGUCAGCGCGGCACGAACGUCGACCUGGCGGCCUGCAACGAGGGCUGGACCAGCAGCCUGGCCCUGAUCGGGCUGCUGUGGAAGACAUCCUGGGAUACCCAGCUCCACGGCCCCAUGGUCACCCAUCUGUACAACCUGUGGUUCUUCUGCCCACAGGCCCACCCGCCGCUGCAGGUACUGGUCUCCGCCGAGUCGCAGGCCAAGGCCAAGCAGGUCAAGCAGUUCAAGCGGGAGGUGAAGCAGCAGGUGAUCCCCACCUCAGCGGAUCCCCUGCUGCACGAGCAGCGGGCCAUGCACCGGGAGAACGAGCACUACAUGCGCUUCACCCACCGCGAGAUGAAGCUCCUGACCAACGAUUUCACGACCGACAUCGAUCUGAAGCUGACGAUUCAGGAGGAACAGCAGACGCCGGCAAAGGCCACAGAGCCACAGAAGCCAUCGGAUCUUGAGGAGGGGAAUGAUUCUAUCAAAUCCAAGGAUACAGAAGACCCAACUUCAAGCAACAGUUUGGCGGUGGACCCCCUGCAGGCCCAGUCCCCGUCCAACGCCGAUCUGGACGACGAAUCAGUUGAAGGCACUUUAAAGAUCAUCGACUCCAUGGCGAACGAGCUGAUGUCUGGCUUCGUGGACUUUGAGAAGUACAAUUUGGGCAGUGAUUUCAUAAGGGCCGUCAAGUCGCAGGCACUCAUCGAGAAGGUCAAGUCUCGGUCAUUGUCGGCCUCGGUCUCAGAGGCACAGCUGUCUCAGCCCUCAGAGGGGCUGCCGUCUCUGGCAGUCCUCGAGGAGUCACAGUCAAAGUCAUCGGGGAAGACACCGUCACUGGCAUCGGUGGUGGUACCGGUUCAGGCAUCACGCGAGAAAGUACAGUCACCGCUGGAGGACGGAACUCUCAAGCAGCAGCCGAAGGAGGAGGAUCUGGAGGAGAACGUCGUGCAGGAAUUGCUGGACGAGCUCGUCGAGGAACACGAGACUGGCAUAUUGGAUGGCACCCAUAAGGGGGAUUCCCAAUAUUAAUUAACAAAAUUUGAUCGUUAAUUUUUCCAAUAAUUAAAUACCAAAUAUUAAUGUUCUGCAGGAA